AUGUCCACCAACGGGAAUGUUGCUCCACAUGAAUCCGUAGAGCCCAACACGAAGGGACCGGAUGGGCCGAACACGAAUGGAGUCAAUGGCCAGCACUUGUCCGACGAUCAUCAGCCGGCGCCGACCUCUGAGAAACCUCAAACUAAUGGGGCCGAUCAGGGGCUGCAGCAUUCAUCCUCCCGCCAUAGCACAGCAGACAUCAAGGGCAAAUUCAAUGAGCAGAAGGAAAAGAUCAAGACCAAGGCAAAGCCGCCUGGCGGCUUCGACUCCACCCCGGUGCCCGAUGCCCCUCCCGGCUAUACCGUCAAGUUCAUCUUUCAUGAGGCAACCAACCUCCCUGUCGCCGAUAUCAGCACCGGAGCUUCGGAUCCAUUCAUUGAAGCUACACUGUACACAGCACUGCCAAAACGACACAAGGAAGACCCAAACCUGGUUCACCGGACGCCUACCAUCAGGCGUACCACUGAGCCCAAAUGGGAGGACGAGUGGGUAGUUGCCAAUGUUCCGGCGUCCGGUUUCAAGCUCAAGUGUCGCUUGUACGACGAGGAUUGGCCUGACCACAAUGAUCGACUCGGCAACGUCACAAUCACCGUCCCCCGGGUAGAUGAGAGCUGGCAAGGCUUUUCGCGCCAGGAGUUCCAGGCUAAGAAGCGCUCCGGAAGUAAAAGAGCCUACUUGCUCAAAGCCGUCACCAGCGCAUUCGAAAAGGAUGUUUCCAUGACCCCCAAUCUCUUUGUGAGCAUUCAGGUCUUGGGGAAGUCUGAUUCUCAGCCGCAUGCCCAGAUGUACACUGUUGGCCCAACCUUUUACUACAGACAUUUCUCUCCGAUGAUUGGCCGCAUUGCUGGCGUUCAGGUCAACCGAAAUGAAAGCGAUGAUUCUCAGGACCAUGACCCUCAGGCCGAUGGCGGCCAUGAAGACCGGUCACAAGAAAAGAAGACCCAAAAGUAUGACUUUCAAGCCAUUGAGCUCCAACUGCAAGGACCAGUCCCAACCAAGCUGUACCAUCGCUACGUCGAAUUUAGACCCUUGAUAGGUCUCAUGUUCAGUCGCAAGGGUCUCCGUGGUCGCGUUUUGCACAAGGCCUUGACCCAUCAACACAACCGCAUCUACAACUUUGACAGCUCCACCGAGUAUGGGACAUUCAAGCCGUGUUCAGAAGAGGCAAGCUUGCAGUUUUUGAAGCUGGUUCACUUUGAUCAGGGCGGCAGGCUCUUUACCUACGUCCUGACACUUGAUGGCUUACUCCGCUUCACAGAGACGGGCAAAGAGUUCGGAAUCGACUUGCUGAGCAAACACACAAUGCACUCAGAUGUUGCCACAUACAUUGCUUGCUCGGGCGAAUUUUUCAUCCGCAGACUGAAGAAACCCACAGCUUCGGAGGACCCAGAGCCGGACCAGCCCACACAUCCCUCUGAAGAUCUGCCCGGUGGUCCGCCAAAUGAAGCGCCACCCUCCAAGCCUGAAUACUACCAGCUUAUUAUUGAUAACGACAGUGGCACUUACCGGCCUGACAAGUCAGUUCUACCUGACCUGCAGAAAUUCCUCGAAAAGAACUUUCCUGGUCUAGGUGUUGUCACACUCGGUUGCGACGACGACGAGGACCAGAAACUUAAGGAAGCGCAGAGGGCAAUCAAGAAGAAGGAAGGCCAGAGUGUGCACAUGGUCCAGAACCGCAGCCCAAGUACCAGCUCCUUCAGCUCCGACGAUAUCAGCGACUUGGACGAGAUGGAUGGCGAGAAUGGGCGCCAGAGCAAGAAAGAGAGGAUGUGGAAUAUGAUGGAACAGGAGGAUCCUUUGAAGCACCUCAAAAACGAGUUUCGCCCCAAAGGCGAGAGCUCUGCCAGCGGAGCAAACCAGGCUUCCCAAGCUUAA